ACAAAAAGUUCCAUCAUACAACAAAUCUGAGUGAUAUAAAUCAUUUUUGGACUGUUAAUCGGAGGACGAGUGAUCAGGAGAAGAACGAAUGUCAAUAAUCACAACAUCAAUUGAUCUAAGUCGGUCGGCAAGCGGUUGCGUUUUUGUGAAGCAUCCUGGAGUAGUAGUUCAACCAUUUUCAUCAUCAUCAACAUGGAAAUGCCAACAAGGUUUCAGAAGCAACCCUGCAUUAUUGUCUCUAAUUAGCAGCCAACCAUGUCGGAAGAAGAUUGUACGCAGUAGCUCUACAUCACCUGGAGAUCAAAGUCCUUCUGUAGAGUAUUCAAACUCCUGGAGAGGCUGGAUGAUAGGGAUGGUAUUCUCAGUAAUUAUACCUUUUUGGAGGCACAAAUGGGGGCCUUUGCUACAAUUGAAGAAGGAGGUGGACAUGGUUGUAAACAAUGUUGAAGCAGUCGUGGAGGUGGUAGAAAAGGUGGCAGAAAAAGUGGAGGAAGUGGCAGAUGAAAUAGGUGAUCAUCUUCCAGCUGAUGGAAAGUUUAGGGCUGCUUCUGAAGUAGUUGAAAGUAUAGCCAGAGAAGUAGCCAAAGAUGCACACCUUGCAGACCAGCUAAUUGAGAAGGUAAUUAGUUUAAUUUGCAUAAUAAAAAUUAAUUAAUUGACGUCAAUUUCUAUACAGCACACUAAUUUAUACUUAGUAGUGGCUAAUAAUUAACUAGUUUUUUUUCCUGAACAACGCGCAGGCGGAAGCACUAGAAGAUCAGGUGGAAGACUUUUUUGAGUCAGCUAUGGAUAAUGUAGGAAAUGCGACCAAAGAUGUUAGCGAUGAAUCAAAUGUACAAGUAGCUACAGAAAAGAAAAGCCAGUGAUACACAUGUCAGAUAUGAGGUUUUCAAAUAAGAGAUGAAUUAGCUGGAUCCUUAUAAUUUAGUCAACCCUAACCGUAAAUAUUGUGUUCAUCAUUUAUUUUAUUAUUUCGAUUGGUUUUAUUUAUUUAUUUCUAUUGGUUUUGGUACAUUUGACUUUUAGUCCUAUAACUGUUCGAAUUUAAGAGUAACCUUUAGAUUUGUAAUGUAAUAAAAGCUUAUUUUUAGUUA